AUGAGUGAUGAGAAGGGCCUUGCGGUAUCCCAAAAAUUGGUCUCACCUUCAAGGAGCACAAGCAGCUGCUCUUCCAAGCAAGGAAGUCGACAGGACAGCUGGGAAGUGGUGGAAGGACUGAGAGGAGAGAUGAAUUACACCCAAGAGCCACCAAUACAGAAAGGAUUUUUGCUGAAAAAGAGAAAAUGGCCCUUGAAAGGCUGGCAUAAGAGAUUCUUCUAUCUGGACAAAGGAAUCUUGAAGUAUGCCAAGAACCAAACUGACAUAGAGAGAGAGAAGCUGCAUGGCUGCAUCGACGUCGGGCUCUCGGUGAUGUCUGUGAAGAAGUCAUCCAAGUGCAUAGACCUGGAUACCGAGGAGCACAUUUACCAUCUGAAGGUAAAGUCAGAGGACGUCUUUGAUGAGUGGGUAUCCAAACUCCGCCACCACAGAGUGUACCGUCAGAAUGAAAUCGCCAUGUUUCCGCAUGAAGUUAAUCAUUUUUUCCCAGGAUCUGCAGUCACAGACUCUGGUCCUGGGGUCAUGGACACCGUUUCAAGUAGGAAGCGUAGCAGUAUAUCAAAGCAGAAUUCGUUUCAAACCGGAAGCAAUUUAUCAUUUUCUUGUGGUGGUGAGACUCGAGUUCCAUUAUGGUUACAGUCUUCAGAGGACAUGGAAAAAUGCUCCAAAGAACUGGCACACUGUCACUCCUACCUGCUGGAGAUGAGCCAGCUCCUGCAAAGUAUGGACAUCCUGCAUCGGACAUAUUCGGCACCAGCUAUCAAUGCCAUCCAGGGUGGAGCUUUUGAAAGUCCCAAAAAGGAAAAAAGAUCACACAGGAGGUGGCGGUCCAGAGCUCUUGGCAAAGACGCUAAAGGAAUGCUGCAGGUACCUAAGCCUUUUUCUGGCCCAAUAAGACUGCAUUCCUCCAAUCCUAAUUUGUCUACACUAGAUUUUGGAGAAGAGAAAAAUUAUUCUGAUGGCUCUGAAACCUCAUCAGAGUUUUCUAAAAUGCAAGAGGAUCUGUGUCAUAUUGCCCAUAAAGUCUACUUCACUUUAAGGUCAGCUUUUAAUACCAUAUCAACGGAGAGAGAGAAACUGAAGCAACUGAUGGAGCAAGAUGUUUCUGCCUCCCCCUCUGCCCAAGUCCUUGGUCUGAAGCAUGCCUUGUCAUCCGCCCUAGCACAAAACACUGAUCUUAAAGAACGCUUAUGCAGAAUCCAUGCCGAGUCUCUGCUCCUCGACCUCCCUGCUGCUGCCAAGUCGGGUGACGGUCUGGCAGAGGAAAACUCCGGAGAUGACAGUCGGGCUCUGGUCCAUCAGCUUUCCAAUGAGAGCAGACUGUCCAUCACUGACUCUCUCUCAGAGUUUUUUGAUGCCCAGGAAGUUCUGUUGUCUCCAAGCUCUUCAGAAAAUGAGAUUUCUGAAGAUGAUUCAUAUGUCAGUGACAUAAGUGACAACCUUUCCUUGGACAAUCUCAGUAAUGACUUGGAUAAUGAGAGACAAACGUUGGGGCCAGUGAUCGAUAGUGGUGGGGAGGCCAAAUCCAAAAGAAGGACGUGUUUGCCGGCACCGUGCCCCAAGUCCAGUAACAUCAGCUUAUGGAACAUCCUGAGAAACAACAUCGGGAAGGACCUGUCUAAGGUGGCCAUGCCGGUGGAGCUCAAUGAGCCCCUCAACACGCUGCAGAGGCUCUGCGAGGAGCUGGAGUACAGCGAGCUCCUGGACAAGGCCGCCCAGCUGCCCAACGCCCUGGAGAGGAUGGUGUACGUGGCAGCCUUUGCCGUGUCCGCAUAUGCAUCUAGCUACUUCCGUGCCGGGAGUAAGCCUUUUAAUCCGGUCCUUGGAGAAACAUAUGAAUGUAUUCGUGAGGACAAGGGCUUCCGGUUUUUUUCAGAACAGGUCAGCCACCAUCCACCUAUCUCUGCAUGUCACGCUGAGUCUGCAAAUUUUGUUUUCUGGCAAGAUGUGAGAUGGAAAAACAAAUUCUGGGGCAAAUCCAUGGAAAUCGUUCCGAUUGGCACAACCCAUGUGACUCUGCCAGUUUUUGGAGAUCAUUUUGAGUGGAACAAAGUGACCUCUUGCAUCCACAACAUCUUAAGUGGGCAGAGGUGGAUCGAGCACUAUGGAGAGAUCGUCGUCAAGAACCUGAAUGACGAUUCCUGCCACUGCAAAGUGAACUUUAUAAAGGCGAAAUACUGGAGCACUAACGCCCAUGAGAUUGAAGGUACAGUGUUUGACCAGAGUGGAAAAGCAGUACAUCGGCUCUUUGGGAAAUGGCACGAGAGCAUCUACUGUGGCGGCUCCUCCUCAUCCGCUUGCAUCUGGAGAGCAAAUCCCAUGCCAAAAGGCUAUGAGCAAUAUUAUGGCUUCACACAGUUUGCACUAGAAUUAAAUGAAAUGGAUCCAUUGUUAAAGUCUUUAUUACCACCUACCGACACUCGAUUCAGGCCAGAUCAAAGGUUUCUAGAAGAAGGGAACGUAGAAGAAGCUGAAAUACAAAAGCAGAGGAUUGAACAGCUGCAGAGAGAAAGGCGGCGGGUCUUAGAAGAAAAUAAGGUGGAACACCAGCCGAGGUUUUUCAGGAAAUCCAUUGAUGACUCUUGGGUGAGCAACGGCACCUAUUUGGAACUUAGGAAAGAUUUUGGUUUUUCCAAACUGGACCAUCCUGUCUUGUGGUGA